AUGACACUCGUUUUGGCCUACAAUAAACUCAUCGAGAGAUUCAUAGCAUUAGUUAAGAUGUAUAUCAAAGAUUGUGGAAUGAAGGUUGCUCACACGGUUCAAGAGGUUCGCAAUUGGCAUCGAGAUGCUAAGGGCUCAAUUGGGUUUGUACCCACGAUGGGAUGUCUCCACGCGGGCCAUACUUCACUGUUUGAACAAAGCAUGAAAGACAACGACCUUACGGUGGUAAGCAUUUUUGUGAAUCCUUCUCAAUUUGGCCCUAACGAAGAUUUGGACCAGUACCCGCGCACCCUAUCCGAAGACAUUAAGCUUUUGGAGGAGCUCGGAGUGGAUAUGUUGUUUGCUCCGAAGGCCAGCGAGAUCUACCCGCAAGGCAUCCCUCUGAAUGUCGACGAGCAGAGAGGGCCCUUCGUGAGCGUCUUGGGAGUCAGUGAGGUGCUCGAAGGUGCCACCAGACCCAAUUUUUUCCGCGGUGUGGCAACUGUAGUGGCCAAAUUGCUGAACAUUGUCGCACCGGACGUGGCAUACUUUGGGCAGAAGGAUAUCCAACAAUUCAUCGUAUUGGACACGAUGGUCAGACAGCUCUUCUUUAAUGUCCGCCUGCAAAUGAUGCCCAUCAAAAGGGACAGUAAUGGCUUAGCCUUGAGUAGUAGAAACAAAUAUAUGAGCGAGGAAACGCUACAAAUCGCGUCAAACAUCUACAAGGGCUUGAAACGAGGCUCCCGCAAGGUGUUGGAAUCCAAUGGCAUUAUCGGCAGGGACGCUGUUGACGCCGAAAUCAGGCAGGUUUGGCAGCCAUAUGUCUCUAGUGGGGAUUUUGAAAUUGACUAUCUUUCGAUUGCAGAUUUUCAGACACUGAAAGAGGUCUCCAGCAUAAGUCCCGCUGAACAGCAGGUAGUAAUCAGCUGCGCUAUCUACGUCAAGGAUAGGAGAGACAAGAAUGUUAAAGUUAGAUUGAUAGAUAACAUUUUACUGGGUUGA